CUAUCACGUGACAAUACAGUACAGGCUAAAAGAGGCUCUUCGUUGUUGUGCCAUUUCACUGAAGUUGUUGCCGAGAGAAGUUGCUUCUGCAAGGGUACGCCUGAUUAGAGGAGCACAACUCUUUUGCAAGAUGGCAAAUGUUAUGGAGAUUUUGCUCUGCAAAUGGAUAAGGCCACACCAUUUCAUAGUUCUGAUGGUGUCUGCUCUCAUGGUUUCUUUCUUUACAGCAUAUGGUAUGUCUGUAAACUCAGAUCAUGUGAAUCCGCUUUUGCCCUAUAUCAGUGAAACUGGGACCACAGCUCCAGAAAGCUGUAUUUUUGGUCUCUUUCUGAACAUCGGAGCAUUUUUCUCCUUCAUAUGCAUGUUCAUACGGCAUGAAAACUAUGCAAAUUACACAUCCCAUCGAUCCUGUCAUUUGCUUAAUGACAUUGGACUUUUUGUUGGGUUCUUCAGUGCCUUUGGAUUGUGUAUUGUUGCCAAUUUUCAGGAGACUAAUAUUCUAACGGUCCAUCUCAUUGGUGCUGGAAUGACAUUUGCUUGUGGAGUUGCAUAUUGCUGGGUCCAUUCCUACCUGACAUACAAGAGCUAUGAGAAUGGACUCAAUUCCAGAUUAACAAUUUAUUUACGGUUUCUGAUCUCGUUCUUUGUCACAGUUUUUUUCAUCUUUGUUUUUGUUGGAGCUUCCUUUGCAAACUUAGAGUGGGCAAAUGGAAAGACUGGUAAUUCAACAAAGAUGCAUUGGACAGAUGAACUACCGGGCUACAAUUGGCAUUUAACAAGCACUUUCUCAGAAUGGCUAAUGGCAUUCUUUUUUAUCAUAUUCUUCACCACGUUCUUCCAAGAGUUCAGGAAAAUACGCUUGUCAGUGAAAUCUCUCGCCUUGUUUAAUGUCGAUUCGCCAGGGAUUCUUCCAGAUAGCUUAUCUGAACAGUACCUGGCAUAAUGACUUGUUUUAGCACACUCAGGACGUGAACUGCAUCUAUUGGUGGCAUGAUUUUAGAUUUUUAACCAUUUUGAUAAUUAUUAGUUUUUGUUUUCUCAAAUUUUGUGAUUUCAAAUAAAAAAUCGAAUAUCGUAAGAUUACAUAUUAUUAAUAUAAUCAAAGUAAUUAUUUUGUCAGCGUUUUGGAAUGUUAUAUUGGCCCUGCACUUCAGAUGGAGAAAAAUGCAUUCAUUGAAGGGGCCCAAUGUAUAAUGCUCCUUUGAUGUUACUAUUAAGUUUUUGCUAUUGUCCUAAAAUUUCCUUAAAAAGUACAGAAUCGCAGCUCAAGAAACGUCUUUAUUUUAAUUAAAUUCCAUACCACAGUCCUUAUAGUGACCAACUUCUUUGUUUUCCCCUCCUCCCCUAAUCCAACAUCCCUGUAAAUAAUCCUUAUCAAACUCAAUCAGCACAAAUGUGCAUUAUGUGUAAAUUUUCAAAUCUCGAACUCGUCUUCUUCUUGCUCAAAAGCAAGAAAUAAUUAUUUUUCUAAAAAAUUUACAAAAUUUAGGAAGGAUAUUGUUUUUGGUAUAAAAAAUGUAUGUUUGACCAUUGAUUGAAUAAAUGUAUUAAGGGUUUUACACAAACACCAUAUAAAAAGCUACCUGAACGCAUGUCGUAGUAGAGUUCCUUUUCUCUAAACAGUCCUUUUUUUCUCCUUUAUCAAAUGUCAUUUACAGUUACCAUUUAAAAUUCUUUCUAUUUUCUUGUUAUUUUUCAAUCUCUUUUUGUUUUCUCCUUUCUUUUUUCCUUUGCAUUGCAUUUCAUCUUUAAAUUGCUGCAGUUUUUUUACCAGGACCUUCUUUCUUCUUUAUUUCCUUUUUUGCUAUCCCUGUAUGUGGAUCCAUCUUUAUAAUCUGUCGUUCUAUCCUGUUUAUUUUUUUAAAUCUAUUGUUUUCUGUUUACAAUUGUUUUGUGAUUCUUUCUUUACAACUGCAAAUGUCUAGUAAGUUUGACCACUUACUAAAUUUAUUUGUUUCUGAAAACAACAUCCAUUUAUCCCUUGCUGUGCAAAAAAAGUUGUGCAUAUAUUAAACCCCCGUAUAAUGCAUUCAUACAAAAUAGCAAAGUGAAAA